AUGGAUGUGCAACGACUAAUAGAGGAAGUUCGUAAGUUUCCUGUUCUUUACGACCAGGGAAGUGAAAAUUACAGGAAUAUCGAGUACAAAGACAGAGUUUGGAAGACAAUUGCAACAGAUCUACAAGCCAAAGGUGGAAUAGAGGAAUGCAAAAAAAAAUGGGCAUCUGUUCGUGACCAACUAAGGAAGACCUUGCAGAAAAGAAAAACUGUUUCAGGACAAGCUGCUGUUCAUCAACAUAAAUACAAGUAUGAAGAUCUCUUAACGUUCCUGCUACCUUACAUGGUAGAACGAGAAACAGUUUCCAAUGUUCCUUACACGCAAGACAAUAAUGAGCAUAAACAAGAAUCAAAUACAGAUUCCCAAGAGGAGCAGUCGAUUGUUGAAAACGAAAAAGUGUCUACACAAGAAGACAUUGCAGAUGAAGAAUGGAUCAUUAAAACCCAGGAUAGUGAAACAGAGAAUUUGAUAGAGCGCACUCGGCAUUCCCAGACGCCCUCAGCUCAUUCGUCCAUCACUUCAAAGAAGAACACGUUUAUGAAACCACCACUGAAACGAAAAUUUCAGCGUGAGGUUAAACCACAAGAAUCUGCAUCAAGCCAGCUCAUGGCUUACAUUUUGGCAGAAAAAAAGCUGAAAAACAGAGAGAUAUACAAAACCCAGUUGAUGCUUUUUUGGCUGGUAUAG